GUGGGCACUGAAUAAUCCACGAGUCCAAACAACGAGCGUUUGAGUCGGUUUGACAAAGAUAAGUAUUAACCACCAGAGCUAGUGGAAAUAUGGAAUAGCCACUUCCCUUCGCGUGCGUACCAGACGCAAGAAACCGAGGAAGCAAAGCGAGGGGAGCUACCAAUUUAGUAGCAAAAAUGACCGAAAAGAUGAAGAAUCCUUCGCCUUCAAGGAAAAGGCAGGCCCCACAGUCAGGGGAUACGUCUGUUAUAGUAUAUGCGGCACAGUGUGGGGAGUGCUUUAAAUGGAGGGUGAUACCUACCCAAGAAGAGUUUGAGGACAUGAGGAGUAGAUUUAUUGAGGACCCAUUUUUCUGCAACAAGAUAGCAGAUGUUUGUUGUGAUGAUCCGGCUGAUAUUGAAUAUAAUGAUACUAGAAUCUGGGUCAUCGACAAGCCAAACCUCCCAAAGACCCCGGCUGGUUUUCAGAGGAAGUUAGUGCUCCGAAGAGAUUUCUCCAAAAUGGAUGCAUACUAUGUUACUCCUGCUGGAACGAGAAUGAGAUCCUCAACCCAGGUAGCACCAUUUCUAGAAGCGAAUCCACAAUGUGAAGGUUUAUCGGUUUCAGACUUCGCUUUUGCUGUUCCUAAGGUGAUGGAGGACACUAUUCCGGGGAAGUUUGGAAAGGGCCUAUCCAGCGCAAACAAAAAGAUUAAAGCAUUGACGGAGGGAGAUGACUAUGUCUGAGAAUUUCGGCCUAUUGUUUUGGUUGGAGCAUGGAAUUCCUAGAAAGAGUUUAAGCUUGGAUUUUUCCAGUUUUCUGGUAUUUAAAGUAGAAAAUGAACUCUUUCCUCUUUUUUCCCCUUUCUGCUGAGAGGAAGAAAUGAACUAUCUUGUUAGCAAAUAGCAAUUAUUUCCCAGUUGUAACAUAUGGAGAAGUGGUAAACCCUUUAUAUCAUUCUAUAUAUCUUCUGUGAUGUCUGCAUUCUCCA